AUGGCUUCGGAAAAGCCUCACAUCAACUUGAUCAUCAUUGGCCACCCGAACACGGGCAAGUCAACCACUGCGGGGCGUCUGAUGCUCGAGUGUGGUGGGACAGACAACGAUACCAUUGCUGGUCUGGAACAAGCAGCUUCCGAAACAGGCCAAGAAUCCUCCAAAUAUGCUUGGGUGUUUGAUACACUCCAGGCUGAGCGUCAACGGGGUUGCAGCUUCAGCCUGACGAGUCACCAGCUAGAGACACCCAACAGAAGGAUCACUCUUACAGAUACCCCUGGUCACCGAGGCUAUGUCAAAACCAUGAUCAGUGGUAUACCAGGAGGAGAAUGUGCACUGCUAAUCAUUUCUGCCGAUGAGGCAGAGUUUAAUAAAAGUAUGAAAUUUGGCAGCGAGAUGCGCGAGAACAUUCAGAUUGCCUUUACACUGCGUAUUUAUAGGAUGAUUGUUGCCGUCAAUAAAAUGGAGACCCGUGGCUGGAGCGAGGGUGCUUUUAAUAGCAUCAAGAAGGAGGUAUCUUCUUACAUCAAGAAAAUCGGAUACUCACCAGACAAAAUCCACUUCAUCCCUGUGUCCAGUUUGGAUGGGCAGAAUAUUUCCACACCGAAGAGCGAUCUAUCGUGGUAUCAUGGCAAGACCGUCGUCGGCGCCCUCGAUGACAUCGGUGAACGUCCGAAUGGUGGGAUCGAUCAACCACUCCGCCUACCAAUCCGCCGUAUUCAUCAGAUCCCCGGUGUUGGAAAGGUGCUUGUUGGUUGCGUUGUGACUGGUACCAUCACUCCAGGAAUGUCUGUUACCAUUGCACCCGGUGGCAUUACAGCGACGGUCAGAUCUCUCGAAUCGUACAAGAAACCAAUCGACAAGGGCUAUCCUGGUCAUCUCGUUGCUCUCAGCCUGGACGUUGAAGCGGACUUCCACCGCGGGCAGAUUGUUAGUGAUUCUAACUAUUCCCCUGCCACCGAAUGCUCUUCUUUUACAGCAUUCUUCACUAAGGUUGUCUCGCACUCGCCUCUUAACAUAAAUCCUGGCUACACUCCAGUUGUGCACUGCGGCACAGCCCAAGUCCCUUGCAAAUUCGAGCUGCUAGAGCAGAUAGACGCCCGAACCGGCCAGACCAUUGAAAAAAACCCCAGGUUCUUGAAGCUCGCCGCGACAGCUUUGGUCAGGCUGACGCCCUUGAAGCCUCUCUGUGCUGUGACAUUCUCAGAAAGUGGACCGCUUGGUAGUAUUGUUGUCCGUGAUAUUGGGAAGACGGUUGGUGUGGGGAGGAUCCAGUCAGUCGAAAGGCACGGAUAG